CAAUAAGGCUUGUAGAUGGAAAGAUAAUUCAAUUAUUCGGAAAUUAAGUCGAUGAUACAAAUACGGAUUACAUUAGUACAAUACAUAUAUUACAUAUAUUACUAUAUAAAUAGUGUAAAAGUAAUGGAAAAUUGCCAGUUUAGUUAAAAAUGUCGCAUAACGUACUGGAGCACAUAUUUUACUUCGCAACACUGUUCGCAUUUUUGAGCGCAGUUGAGGCUGUUAAAUAUGACUUUGUCGUAGAAAACGAGGAUGUGUUUACGCCAUGUGAGGACUUUCCUGAUAAAUUCAUAGAUACGUUCUUCGAUAUUUCGGGCCUGUCUUUUGAGCGGGAAGACGACCUUAUAAAAGUCACUGGAGAUGUCAAGUUGAUCCAUGAAUUCGACAAGGCUGUUCCUAUUCAGUUUGAUGCGCAGAUAUACAGGAGGUCCCGAGGAGAGUGGGUUGAUACUAUCUAUAAUAUCCGCCGACCGGACUUGUGCCCGUCGCUGUAUAGUGAAAACGAAAUGUGGUAUCAGUUCACUAAAGUGGUACCGGAAAAAGAGCGCAAGUGUCCGCCGCAGCCUGGGUUCACAUUAUCGUUCAACUCGCUGUUUGGUUUGUCAUAUGACUUACAAGACCGCAGUGCUGAGGGCGAGUAUAAGGUAAAAGCAAUGAUAGGCCAAGGAAAAGACAUAAUGUGCUUCGAAAUUGAAGCGAGUGUCUACAAGAGUGAUUAAAUGUACGUCUAGAUGUUCGUAUGAGUAUACAAAAUUUAUUGAAUAAAUUGAUGCUAAUAAAGGUCUUUGGAAUUUUAAUAA